AUGGCGGCUACUGCAGCCAGAAGGCUGACCUACAGCCUGCCACCUCGGGACGAUACACUGCCAGAAUUUGCGAUCCCAUCGCUACAGUCCAGCUUUCAGCGCAGAGGCAGGAGUCAACCGCUUUUGGAACAGCUGCCUCCCUCCACUCCUGUACCAGCUCGCUCAAAUUUAGCAUUACAAGAGAGCGGCAGGCCUUUCCAUCCACGUCACACGCUGCCGGUCACCUCUCUCGCGUUGGAUGUCAGUACAUCCGUGCAGGACCAGGAAGUAGCUUCGACCUCGCAGCAUACACCGCGCGGCAUCCUCUACACUGGUGGGCGAGAUGGCCUGCUCGCAGCUUGGGAGCUCGGCUUGCCGCUCAGGAAGCGGCGCAGGCAUAGAGCGUCAGCGUGGGACGACGAGCUGCGCGAUGGCGCACAAAGAGAACGAGACAGCGACGGCAUUCAGUAUGUUGGACAGCAUCAUGUGCCUGGCGCUUCGGGACUGGCGUCUGAUCUAGAAGAUGAAGUCGAUGAGAGCGAGACCCCAGUGGAGCAGCACUGGCAAGUGGAUCCAUCGCAAAGAGAUAAGCCGCUUCCUCAGCCUCGCUUCAGGCAGUGCGUGCAGAACCACACUGACUGGAUUAACGAUAUCCUGCUCUGCAACUCGAAUCAGACCGGUAAGUCCCAACACGCUGCUUCAACUCGAUCCGCUGGCUCCCGCUGAUAUACCAUCCGAAAUGUGUUGAUGUCGACAGUCGUCUCUGCUGGCUCAGAUGGAACGCUUCAGGUGUGGAAUCCGCACGACUUUCGGAGCUCCAUGACACCUCAGGUGCUAGGCAGUCAUCGUGACUAUGCUCGAGCCCUGUCCCACGCCCGCGAAGCGAACUGGGUAGCCUCCGGUGGCUUUGAUUCCGUGAUCAAGGUGCGUCUUCGUCCCUUUCUCCCUUCUUGAGCUCCAUGUCAAGCUCACUAUUAGCUCUGGUGCGCCGCAGCUGUGGGAUAUUCAAGAGACUAGACCUGAGCCCAUUAUUGAGUUGGCAGAGAGCGCUGUGAAAGCCUCCGUGUAUGCCCUUUCGGCGAAUUCAGCUGGUAGUGUCAUAGCGGCCGGCACGCCAGACAAGGUUGUCAGAGCUUGGGAUCCGAGGAGCGGCGCAGAGAUAGCCUCGCUAAUCGGGCAUACCGACAAUGUGCGGAGCCUAGUAGUGUCUGAAGAUGGACGACAUCUCUUAAGCGCAUCAAGCGACUCUUCCAUUCGACUGUGGAGCAUUGGCGAGCGUCGGUGCCUGCACACGUUCACACAUCACUCAGAAAGCGUCUGGAGCCUCUUCUCCGAUCACCCGAACCUCGACGUCUUCUACUCGGGCGAUCGGUCUGGAUUGGUUUGCAAGGUGGACUGGGAGAGAUGUGCAGAGGUGGCAGAAGGCGAGUGCGUGGUCCUUUUCAAAGACGCCGGCACCAACAGAGCUAGCUCGAGGGGUCGCGCGUCCAGCGGCACCAAUAUGACCCAUGUCGGGAUCCACAAGAUCAUUGCACAAGACAACACAUAUGUUUGGACGGCCGGUGGGUCUUCCGACGUUUCUAUAUGGAGAGACGUGCCAUCCCGCAUGUCUAGAGAAGCACUGUAUCCUAUCGAAGGCCCGGCUACAGAGUCGUCAACAGGCCUCCUGGCCGAUUUCCCUGCUCCCGCUGUCUCGACACCGCCUGCAUCAGCUCAAAGCGGCCUCAGUUUACGGAGGCCAAGCGCCCUCAAGCAUUCUUCUCAAGGCUCCGCGCCCUCUCCAAAUGUCUCUUUUGCGCAGAGGUCCAGACACGAUUCGCCAGGUCCAGGUCUCCGAUUCGACGCCAAAUCUCUACCUCGUCAAGCAAGUGGAGUUUCAACACGCACUCAUAGGUCUUCUCGCUCCAACGCAUCGCUUGGAAGCAUUGAAGGUGCAAUGAAGGCCUCUGAUGGCGCCGCACCAGGGAAGGAGAUGACAAUUUCCGCCACCAGCACUGACAGCGUGCAUCCAGCUGCAAUGCUCUUCGGCAUUCCCUUCGAUUCACUCGUUUGUUUGAGCCCAGCCAACGAUCCUUAUGGCGCCUCUGUCGGGUUAGGAAGUCUCAGCGUUCGCGAUCCAGAUGUAUACUCCUCACACUCGGCCUUCGCUGCCAGACGGAGCAGUGCGGCGCUUCCAUCCGGAAGGCCUUCUCUGUCCUACGACUCGCGCCAGUCGCCCGGCCCCAGUGCCAUUCCUGCACACCUUCACCUACCGUCCACGCCUCUCAAUCGGCCCAAAAGUACAAGAUCCGCAAGCAUUCGGUUCGCGCCUGAAGCGGAGCGUCUCCCACGCGGAAGUGCAACUGGCCUCGCCAAUGACGACACGUGGGAAGACGAUGUCGUGGACGAGGCGUCUGACAGUGACGACGAAGAUGCUGUGGAAGAAGCUGCUCUCGAGGCAAGGCAGAGGUACGAGGAUCGAGAAUUUGCGAUUGAGGCGGUACCGCUUCUCAAGAAGCCCGAGAGCGUUAUCGAAGGCACGCAUGGACUUAUUAGAACCUCUGCUCUGAAUGACCGACGCCACGUUCUCACCAUCGAUACCGCUGAUGUGGUCGCGCUCUGGGAUAUCGUGCGCGGUGCUUGCCUAGGUACCUUCAGACCCGACGACAUUUUGCUCGCUCACCAAGACGGCUUUUCGAGCGAUACCUCAGACUCAAGCGACUACAAACACACGCAGACCGCCUCGGUCUCGAGGCUUCCUCCUGCGGAGGCUCUGAGUCUCGUGAAACAAAGGAUCGAAGGGGAAGAAACGGCACCACUGUGGUGCAACGUGGAUGUACGGGGCGGUCUGCUGUCAGUGCAUCUCGAAGAACAGCGGACUUUUGACGCGGAGCUUUACGCCGACGAAGCGGUCUUUCUGGAUCCGUCGGUCUUUCGCGAGGAUCAAAGAGGUGAGUCGUUCGUCUCACUUUGUUCGGCUGGCAAUUGUCCGCUGAACCAAGCACAUGCCCUAGUCAACGUCGGCAAGAUGGUGCUGCGCAGCUUGCUCAAGUCGUUCAUUGAGACAGAAACUUCGGUGCGCUCGACUGCCACACCUUUGGUCCCUGAGGGGGUCUUGGCCGCCGAACGACCCGAGGUGAUGCAAGCUGGGCCACUUCGUAUCAGCAUCCCGCGACCUCAACCUCACGGUCAUCAGGGCCUCGCAAAGCGUGACUUUCCUCACACGCCAGGCAUGACCAUCGCGCUUGCCGAACCUGCCAGAUCGCCAGCCAUCUUGGCCACCCACUCUUCCCCGCUCACUCCGACGGCGAGCCGAGGAGGAAUCACCGGAUUGACGAGCUCCUUUUCGGCUCUCGCCACCGCUUCUGCACAGACCCCUUUGGCGACGAACCUGCCGGCAGCAUCGAGCGACUAUUUUUCGCUACCCGACUCGAGCACCGUUAUCAACAGGCCUGCCCCGGCGGGUGAGUCCAGAACCCCCACGGGUUCUCGGCCGCAGACACCUGCUUCGUCCAGCAAUCAAGUCUCGGGAGGCGCUGGGUUAAUGAGCCGGCUGAAAUGGGGUAAAAGUAGCAAGAGCGAGCGCGCGAGCGCUCAAGACGUGAAGGCUACGACGAAGGUCGCAGGUGGUGGGGAGGAAGCAGCAACGGUGAGUGCGACGGGUUUCUUGCGCCGUUCGCCGCAUCAUAAGCGAGCUGAAACGCUCAUAAUGGAUGGUCUCGGCAGUCUUGCAAUGACGAGCUCUCCGACUUGCGCCAACUCUUCACCAAACCGCUCAGUAUUCCGUCCCUCAGCGAAGUGCCCGUCCUCACCUUCCCGCCAGACACGACGAUUUUGAUUGAAACGAGUUCUUCGUUAGGCACUUGGGAGAUAGUAUAUCGGGGCCUGGUCCGAACAGGAAGUGCGGAUGUAGCUGCUCUUGAGACAAGUGCACCGCGCUGGAUGUUGGAUGCUGCGCUCCACAACAAGACUCCUCAGCAGACAUUAUCAAAAAUCAGCUUCAACCUUGUUCCCUGGGUCGCGCCUGAGCUUCGCGACAAAGCCGGCGGCGAAUCGACGAUCCAAACCUCUGCAAACGGCUCUGUGCUGCCCGCUACCUUACCUGAGCUUCCUAGCGGGUGAGUGCGCAUCGCAUCGUUCAUCUCACGGCGAUAUUCCCUUGACCCUCAUCCGUCAUCUGCUAUGCAGCAACGCUCGCCUCACUGCGACCCGCAUGCUGCGCAUCAAAAAGACGUGCGCUUAUGUUGCGGAGAAGCUCGAGAUGAUUGCCUCAACAGAUUCGCGCAACAAUAGCAUCGCGGGUUCCAGGCGCGCAUCUGCAGAUGCUUCCGCAUCGGCGUCAAAUGGCGGUGAUGAAACCAAGAAGAGCACCGCGGGUAGCAAUGGUGCCAAACGCUCUCUUGGCUCUGCUAUUGGCCUGCCCGGUGCGAGCAGCGCUGCUUCGGCCACCUCCGGGAGAGCGACUUCUGGCUCUGCAGGGAGCUCGCCCCCGACGUCUGCACAGGCCGCGAUACUCGCCACGCAGAAUGCCACGCUAGCUACGGCAACGGCUACUGAGCAAGAUGCGACCGAGCUGAUAGAGAUCUUGUGCAACGAUGAAGUCGUACCUCUGCAUGGUGAGUCUUGCUGAACACACACAUGGACCUCUGUUUGGAGCGUCAGCCGCUAAGCAUGGCCUCCGCUCCCUCGUUCGCAGUCACGCUUGCCCAAGUGCAACGGUUCUGGUGGAAGAGCGGCGGCGAUAUAGAGCUGCGAUAUCGCCAAAAGGCAGGUGGGUCUUUGUAA